GCGGACACCCCGCGCAAGAUCCCACCUCCGGCGCAAUCGCCACCAUCACCGGAGGCGAUCAAACGACAGCAUUUUGUAGAGCUGAAAGAGAAGCUGGACUCUCCAGAAUGGAUGGAUGCCACAUGUGAUCAAUUCUCAAAAGAGGUGUGGUCUGUGGUGGUGACAAAAGGCUUCAUGCGCCCGUUAUAUGAUGACUUUGUGCCUGCUCCAACAUGCAGCGAUAAUGUGCUAGUUGAGACCGAAGAUGAGCGAAAACUGCUCGAUAAUAAAAAAACCUUGAUUUGGGCUGCCGUGGUUGAGCUAGCGGCAAUGUUAUGGCCUGAGCAUCCUGACAGUAGUGUUCGAGUCAGCUCCAAAUGGUUACCUAUACCAACAAACGAGUCGCAAUUUUCUGAGAUGGCAAUACGAUAUAUGCGUGAACAGGACAGCGGUGAGUUUAUCUUGGUUGCUGUUGAGUUGAGCUGCCGCCAAUCUCAUCGCUACAAACGUCAAAGCCGCCCUCCGGCCCCACCGUAUGCUGACCCUGCCAUUGAUGAGGCGGUGGCGCGAUAUUUCUACAGCCGAGGUUCCAAUAGCUUUGCCCGCAGAGUGGAUGCUGAAUACCGUAAGAUGUGUGGAGAGCUGAUCGAUCUGGUCGGCGAUCGUUUUGUCUCGAGUGAAACACAACGAAUGUAUCACAGCCUAAGCGCCGGCGGCGAUGACGUCAACGAAUCACUCCUGAGGCCGUCAUCGUCAUCGUUUGGCCAACUAAGUGGCGACUUCGGUCGUCCCUCUUUGGCUCGGCUGUCAAUCGGCAGCGGUUCGUCGAUCGGGCGACGUUCAUCGGCAACCGCCGUCGUAGUGCAGCCACUUACCGUUGUGCAUGAGGAAUAG